GCAAGGAAGCCAGAAUAAAAGACUCAGCUCUGUGUCGAAUGGAUGUUGCGGAAACAUAUUUUCUCGAAAAUCGAAGGAUUUAUCGGAGGUGAGAGCAUCCUGCUGUACCAAUAUCCGCUUUGUGUGAUAGUGUGUAUAACCACCACAAACCAACAAACAGUAUUAUCAUCAUCAUCAGCAGCAAGAGCAAGAGACGAUCUCAGAGGAAGUGUCUGACCGAGGCUGAGGAAAUAAUGAAUGAAAAUUUUUCGACUGCCGAGAGCUUUUCUUAUCUGGUGAACUUUUUAACAGUUUCCUAGAGGAUAUAUGAAUAAGGUGGAUACUCAUGCAUGACGUGUUCGAUGACCGUGGGAAAAGUGAGGCGUUUUUGAGUCGCAGCUUGUGGAGGGAAGAAUGCUCGGUUCCAUACUAAAGAAUAGGAAGACAAAUUAUGAAAUGAAAGUGACUGUGCGUGCGUGUGUUGAACUUUUUGAUAGCAAUUUGUUGUUUAAAUGAAAAGUUGAGUAAAGUUCAGCAGGAGAAUGUUCUCUGGAGAAUUUUUGCUGGAAGAAAAAAAGUACGAGUGAAAAUCAUACCGGUUUGAAAGUGUAGAUUUUAACAAAAUAACUAUUAUUCAUUUUGAAAAGCAGUGGAUUACAAUUGAAUCCAUUUAACAUGACGUGCAAUGCAUGAUUUCAAGAAGUUCGCGUGAUCCAACCUGAUUCCCUCUGAACAGAAGAUUCACUAUUCGCUAGGUGAAAGAUCAAUUUGUUUAUUUAUCGAGUGAGAGCAAUAGUUGAAAUCGUGAUAAGAUGGAACGGGUAUGGCGAAAAGUGAACCAGGGCCUUACGAUGAGAUCAUCGUCAACGAAGCAGACGGUAACCACUGCAAAUGUCACAACGACCGGAUGUCUCUCGGUACCACCACCGGGGCAUCAGUACUCCACCGAUACAACGAGUUCUGCCGGGUUCGGCGAGUCACAAGUGGUGGCCGUGCAGCAACGUCGACGGUCUAAUCCAACGCAGGCCAGUACCACUGCCUCGUCAGAGAAGCGAAGACGCCGUCGGCGUCGUAGUCGGCCGAAUCGUGACGGGAAUUCACAAGGUGGUGGACACUCGUCAGCCGGCUACCACAAAAACCACACGUCGUCUUCCCGCCGCAGCAAUCAGAUGGGCCUAAUGGCCCAAGCAGGCAACGAACAGUCACUAAGGCAACGGGCCGUCGCCCGGCUCAAGAUGUUCAAUUUUAACCUCAGCUGGGAUCUACAUAUGAAUCAGUGCAAACCGUGCGGUCCCAAAAGUGGCAACAUCAUAACUCGACGCCUCUGCCGCAAUCGUCGGGGCGAGGACAAUGAACUUUAUCGCUCGAACAGCUUCAAAUUCGAGCGCUUCGAGCGGAAGGAACAUUGCGGAACAGGAACGAGGACACUACGAAAACAGAUUUCCGUCUGUGAUGACUACAGCUUACCGAUAGACUUUGUCAAAAAAAGACCGUCCAGUUUCGACCCCUGCCUGGCAGAACGUUUUCCCGACAAUUGGGCAUCUCCCAGUCCCCAAUCCGAACAUGUUUCCUUUCUAGAACCAUUAAAUUUGCAGCAAUCCUUGUCAGCGGUUCCGACCAACAGUUUGGGAGUGGUAACAGUCGGCAUUGGCAUCGGCAUCGGUGGAGAGGGAGCGGGAACUCUCCAGCAUCAUCAUUCCUUGAAGCAUCAGCCGCAACCGCAACUUCCACCCUCGUUUGUUCCGUCUGCUUCCAUCCCAACGGCUACUGAGGCAGCCGCAAAUGCAGUAGCCAUUAAAACUGUUGAGGAGAUUUUCGACACCAGGCGAAGCUACAAACGAGAUAGUACUGGCAGAUCACAACCGCAGCGGCAACCACGGAGACCGAGUAGUAACUGUGAAGUUAAGUACAUCAAUCAGAAUUUCAGCUCAGGUUCAUCUGCGCCGGCCUCCUCUGAAGACGAAGAAAAUGACGACGAAGAUGAUGAACUGAGUAAAAUACCGGAGCUAAAUUCACCGGACAGCAUCUCAGAGGAUUUGUUUCAUCCUCUGCCUCCACGCCAAAGUCCAAUCAAGACCACCGUUCCAGAAACUUCGAAACGGAAUCCGUCUCCCUAUUAUUAUUCGGAUUUAUUGAGAAACAAAAACCAAGAUCAAGCACAACAAUCGACUGCUACUCAAUUCCAACAAGAACUCAGCGAACCUAAAAGAACCGCCAGUAGAGCAUCGUCGGCGAGUACUCGGCAAAAGGAACUCGGAGCUCGUUAUCGAAAAAGUAGCAGCCUCGAUACCCCUGGAGCUGAGAAAGAAGUUUGUCUACCAAAACGUUACUCCAUAACCGAGGAAGGAGUCCGUAUAAUUCGCUGUGACUCUCCAUCCACUACAACCUCGGACGAUUCAGACUGUUCUGAAUGUCGAAAAAGAAGAGACUGGCAUGCCCAAGCAUUGGCACUAGUGCGCGGAAAUUGUAACCUUCCUACGUCAAUUGACCCUUCUAUGCCACCACAUCGGAUGCUUGGUUCAGCGGGAGUCUGUGCAUGCGCAACACCUGCAUUCGGCGAGGACAACGAUGAACUUUUCCGACCCCGAAGUAUAUUCUACGUGCAUCAGCCAGGCGCGCAUGACUGUGCGGAUUGUACUCUCAGUGACAACUCAGCAACUGUGAACGAAGACAUGACAAGCAUUCGGACACGACAAAUCUACGAGACGGCAUUUGAUUCGAAGAUUACCCGGUCGGACGACGACUUGGAUGAGGUGGAUCGUGUAACCAACCAGUCCGUAUUGCUGCAGCUCAAUAAAAGUAACAACAGCAGCACUAGCAACAUGGUUUCGAAUCAGAAUAAGGAAAACCGUGAUAGGAGCAAACGCGCUGAAACGAAAAGAUCAAAAAGUUCUUUAAAGACACCUUCAGUGACGCAGAUUCAAACCACGGUGGAUAUUGAAACCACUCACGACACAAACCUUUCACAGGAUUUGGAAAAACUCCAAAUCGAUAAACAACUAGACAAUAUCACUAACGCAAAUUCCACGUCUUCCUCUCAACUUCCACUACGUGGUUAUACGCCUUCCCCGCCCUCAACCGCGCCGCUUCCAAUGAAAUUUCCCGGCAAACACGAGCGCUUCUUCAUUAACAGCAUAAAAAGUGCUCCUAAUCUUCCCUCUUCCAAUGCGGCUCAGCAUCCGCGACUGAAAGAUCUCCGGUUAGACAUCCAGGCAAUACGUAAUAGUGAAGUUCCUCCUUCCGGCAGUUGUGAUGGUAGUGUUAAUAAUUCCUCCUAUAAUAGUCCGAAAAACAGCGAGAGACCCCGGUCGACGAUGUGCCUGGAACCGGAACGUGUUUUGGAGUUGAAGCGCAGCCAUCGUAGCCACAAGCAGCGAGGAAGGAACUUUUCAUCCACAGAAAGUAUGGCUACUUCCAGCAGUGGUGGAAGCAUGGAAUCGCUCAAAUCAAGUACAAGUGAAGGAAACCGCAGUACUUCCAGCUCAGACUCACGCCAUUCCUCUUCGCUAAGUUCGCACAGUUCCGAUUCGGGGCCAACGAUAGCCUUUCCUCUGCGAGCACCCGUGGUAAUUCACAAUAAACUAAAUAUCCUGAGUCCGAUUUCGGAUAAAUCUUCCCAGGAGCCGGGCUCGGAGACAUCCGAUAUCAAUCGAAACAAUUCACAGAAGCAGUCACCGGAUGACGCGACAACUGGCGUCAUGGCAAAAAAGGAAAACGACGAAAAUGAGGCUGUGAAGUUGGCUGCACCCAAAAGGCGCUCAGCACCGAACAAAACACUUUUGCUAAUAACUGGUCCAGAAAUUCAAGGUUCGGAUAGUGGAAUUUCGAUGCACUCGCGUGAAGAUGUCAAAUCACGGACAAACUUCCUAAAUUUGGGCAUUCAACGUGCAUCACUGGGUUUGGAGAAAUCAGACUGUGGAAAGCCAAUUCUAGCUCAGGAUUUCAGCGACCUUCCAUUCGACAUGCCGAAACUUAGACGACGACGAGCUCAUUUGCUACAGGAACCUUGCACAUCUGGAAGCGUUACCUCCGUUGACGUUGGAGAACUUCCCUUCGACAUGCCCAAACUAAGACGACGUCUUCGCAUGUCCCAGAAUCAGAAUCAAAUUGCAAUACCUUCCACCUCCGGCAUUCUGCUACAGACGAGCACGGAAUCCAGUGGGCUAUCUCAGGCGUCUUCCAGCCUGUCGAUGCGAGACUCCGACAACAGAGCUGCAUUGGUUGGAGGUUUUUUCAAGCAGAGCCUAACGUUGAAUCUGAAUGAGUGUAGUGCAAAACCGGCGAAAAAGUUCGGAACACUCGACCUCGGUCUAAGCUUCAACGCAGCGCGCUCCAACGUUGAUCUGAUCGAUGCCACAAUUCCGCUGGAUCGCCAAGGGUGGUACCACGGAUCGAUCAGCCGAAUAGAUGCAGAGAAAAUUCUACGAUCGUUGGGUGAGGGUAGUUUCCUGGUGCGAAACAGUGAAUCGACUCGGCAGGAUUAUUCGCUCACCUUGAAGAGCGCCAAAGGAUACAUGCACAUGCGGAUACAACGCGAUCCGGAGACGGCUCAGUUCAUUCUCGGUCAGUUCAGCCGGCCAUUCCCGACGAUACCGGAUAUGAUACGUCACUUUUGCCUGAACCGGUUGCCGGUGCGUGGCGCAGAACACAUGUGCCUCCUGGAACCGGUCAUUGCGCAGAUUCUAUAAGCUAGUGAUAGAAGAAUUUGGUUUAGAUUGUGGUUUCUAAAGUGAUCUAAUGCAUCAUCAGAGUGUGUAGAUUUUGUUUGGAAUGAAUUCCAGAGUUGUAGCCUAGAAAGCGUAGAAGGGUAGAAGCCGUAGAGAAAUCUAGCGUAGCACCCGGGAUAGUUUCCCAGAAGUUCUACAGACAGGAGAUGUUCUACGAGAGAAGCUCUAAAUGAAAAUGGACCUACGUUCCUUUUGAACCAUUAUGUUUAAGUUCGGUCUCCGUGAAGUUUUAACUGAUCUUGAAUUGAGACAAUAAACAUUAAUUUGUUCAUGGAAGCAAAGAUUGUACAGAGAUUGUAAUAAGGAAACGGAAGAAGAAGUUUGAAUGACGCAACACAAACAUUUUAACGAUUAUUAGUUUGACCAGUUUUCUAAUUAUAUUGUGAUAGAAUUACUUUGUUGAGGGUUGACACUAUAAACUUUCCAAGUUCUGAGUUUUCAAACAUGGCGUGUGUCUAGGUUUGCAUAAAUAUGGUUUCACUCGCAUAGCAAAUUAUGUUACCGGAACAACAUUGGAGAAUGCUUGAACAGAAAUGCCAAAAAUGGACUGUGAAAUGGGAAUAUUUGCAAUUUUAUAUUCGAGUUAGAGCGUUCAAAAAAGUGCAAUACUGAAGAACAAAUAGUUUACGUAGCGUGUUUUGGGCUACCUUAGAUUUACACUGGGUUUUGUGCAGAGAUGCAACGUAAGUGGAUUCACCAAGUGAUUGUAAUCAGCAGUUUUUCGGAGUGCAAUAGUAACUUCACGCAUUUUUCACUUGUAGCCGCAAGAGUAACUGAAAGCCAAAACCAAAUUUUCGUGAAAAAAUGGUGUCCACCAAAGUAAGGUUGGGAACAUGUAUUCCUGUAUUUAUUUAUUCACACAGAGUAAUUAUAGUGCAUCUAACCAGUUGUAUAGAACGUAGAGUAGUGAUUCACUAAGGUUCGUGGUUGUCUCUGUAUGGGCAAAUAAUGCACGGUAGACGAAACGAAUAAUUACUAUUAAAUUUGAACAAAUGGAGAAAAAUACCCACACAUAUUAAAAGAAUCACUUAGUGAUGAAAAAGCAUUAUUAAAAUGAGAAAAUAUAUAACAAAAUAUUAA